UAUAAGCAGUUCCUUCCGGACAUUUAUCAUCCGACAGUAGGAGGGGAAAAUUGAACCGUAAUUUACACACGGCAAAACCUUAGGUCCUUAUUCAAGAGAGGUACCAUCUUUCCGUGCAAGCACCAAAUCUUUUUAGCUUUCAAUUUCCACACGCAAUAACUUAUAUCUAUAUAUAUCUUUCCAAGAACAAACUCGAGAAAUAAACACAAAAAAUGGCCAAAGACAGGAAAAUCGGUGUGGCGAUGGACUUCUCAAAGAGCAGCAAAAUGGCAUUGCAAUGGGCUAUUGACAAUUUGGCUGAUGAGGGCGAUACCCUUUACAUAAUCCACAUCAAAUCCCAUUCUGUUGAUGAAUCCCGCAAUCAAUUAUGGUCCAAAUCCGGUUCACCUCUUAUUCCGUUAGUGGAGUUUCGUGAGCCUGAAAUCAUGAAGAAAUACGACAUAAAGAUUGAUAUUGAAGUUUUGGAUAUGCUUGACACUGCUGAUAGACAAAAGGAGAUAAGCAUUGUGACAAAGCUGUACUGGGGAGACGCUAGAGACAAGCUGUGUGAGGCUGUUGCAGAUUUGAAGCUGGAUUCUUUGGUGAUGGGCAGCAGAGGCCUUAGCGCUCUCAAAAGGAUCAUAUUGGGGAGUGUGACCAAUUAUGUGAUGACAAAUGCAGACUGCCCUGUUACCAUAGUGAAGGAUCCAGAUUUUCACAAGCACUGAAUUAGAAUUAUUUGUAUUUCAAAUCGAUGUAAUAUUAUAAUAUUAAAUAAAUUGGGAUUUCUUUUUUAAUCACCGUCAGACAUAGGCUUGGAUUGAAAACGUCAUUUUGACUAUUCAGUAUUUUUGAAUCUUAUUUUUUUGAGACUGAAUCUAUGGUUUCAGUUCGUGCUUGAUAAUGUAUAUGAGUAAUAAAUGGAUUUUAGUAAUGAA